AAAGAAAAUUAUGGUACUUUCAGGGAAAAACUGUAAUGUUCCGACAAGAACAAAACCAGAAGAUUUUAUAAUUUCCCAAGGAUGGGAGUCAAUUGAGAUUUUUAACGAUCUCAAUGGAGACAUAAAAUCUAAAAUGGCGGUUGUCCUGGAUGACAAUGCGGGCACAUGUUUUCCACUUCCAAUCCAAGAAGACUUCACGCCUUUCUUAAUGAUGAGAAUGCCGACAGAACCUGUCUUCGGUAUUCAGGCAAAGGCUUUCACCAUUAAAAUAUCAGGAAUGGGAAUUUUAUGUGACAGGCACUCCAAUUCCCGGAUGCUUCAGGUAUCAUACAGAGCUAUCAAGGAACCGACCCAGUUCUGUACUCUGACAGACAACAAGGCCGUACCUGACGCCUUUUCACGUUGUGUGUUUCGUUGUGACUGCCCAGACCCCGCCCACUGUAGUGACGUCAAUCUGUAUUUAGCCAGUGGUAAUGCAAAAGGGGCGUGGUCUCUUUGUGAAGUGAAGGCUACUAAUUCUUAAGUCUGAAAAAACUGGAUGUGGAUUAGGACGAAUAAUAAGAUACACGAGUAAUUUUAAUAGCAGUAUUUUUAUGUUAUUCAUUCCCACCUAGAAA